AUCAGUGUAUCUGCCCAUACUUCUUCUCAACAGGAGUUUUACGAUGAGACGAGGUCAUCACCACGGCGAACACCGUUCGCACCACGGUGACCGCCAGUCCUCACGCUCUGAACACCGCUCCGAAUGCAGCUCACACUCUGAACAGCACUCUCACCGUGGCUCACACGGGGAACACCACUUUCACCAUGGCUCGCGCGAGGAACACCACUCUCACCAUGGCUCGCGCGAGGAACACCACUCUCACCACGGUUUACUUUCUGGCCUUCACUUGCCGAAGGUUAUCGAGCUUAAAACCCCCUAUGUAUGCCCAGUCCCUGGGGGAUUAAUUCCAGGAAAAGCCUUAUUCUUCCAAGGGGUUCUUCCUUUAGCUGCAAAGACCUUUGAGAUAAAUCUUAAAACCGGACAGUCGAGUGCCGAUGAUGUUGCCUUCCAUUUCAAGCUCCUCAGUGGUCAGAAGGUGGUCCUGAACAGCUUCAGGAAUGGCAAGUGGGAGAGUGAGGAACCAGCCUCAGACAAGCUCUUUAUCAAGCUAAUACCAUUCUUUAUGUGGGUGGUCACCAAAGCUGAGGGAUAUGAGGUGUAUGUAAAUGGAUCUCAGCACUGCUUCUUCAAGCACCGCAUGCCGUUGGAGAAGGUGUCCGCAGUGGAAAUUCGUGGAGAUGUGAUCAUGAAUGUUUUCAAUUUCGUUGACAAUUGGAGCAUUUCUUCCCUUUUAUCUAUGGGACAAAAACCAACCACAGCCUCAGAGAUUUCAUUUUCAGUCAACAAUCCAAAAAUUCCUUAUGUUGGCCCAAUCUCUGGUGGGAUCAAACCAGGAAUGGCUGUGUAUUUACAAGGAGUUGUUCCUCAAACAGCCAACCAAUUUGAGAUCAAUUUAAAGACUGGACAGUCUGCUGGUGAUGACAUCGCCUUUCAUUUCAAGCCACAAAUUGGUCAAAAAGUGUCCCUGAACAGCUUCAAGAAAGGAGCCUGGGAGAAUGAAGAAUCAGUUUCAGACAAACCUUUUGCAAAGGGAGGAGCCUUUACAAUUAUUUUUGUGAUUAAGGCUGAUGUCUAUGAGGUGUAUGUGAACGGCUUUCAGCACUGCACAUUCAAGCACCGCAUGUCCGUGGAGAGAGUGUCUGCAAUUGACAUUCGAGGAGAUGUCAACAUAAACAUGUUUGGUUUCAUACAAAACUGGAGCACUUGUUCCUUUUUUAAGGAACAGAAACCUGUACCAGCCACGCACUCAGAGAUUGCUCAUGCUGUCAGCAAUGCUAAACUUCCUUACAUGGGCCCAAUCUCUGUUGGGAUGAGACCAGGAAUGGCUUUAUACUUCCAAGGGCUUGUUCUUCAAGAGGCCAAGCAAUUUGAGAUUAAUCUCAAGACCGGGCAGUCUGGUGGUGAUGAUACUGCCUUUCAGUUCAAGCCUUGCUUUGGUCAGAAAGUGACCCUGAACAGCUUUAGCAGUAAAAGCUGGCAGAUUGAGGAAUCAGCCUCAGACAAGCCCUUCACAAAGGGAGCAGCCUUCACCAUGAUCUUUGUAAUUAAAGCCGAGGGCUUUGAGGUGUAUGUAAAUGGAUUGCAGCUCUGCAUGUUCAAGCACCGUUUACCACUGGAGAAAGUAACAGCACUUAUGAUCAGUGGAGAUGUUUCUAUGAACAUCUUUGGUGUCAUUCCAAAUUGGCACACUUCUUCAUUUUUCAUGAGCAACUUUCAAUCAGAAAUGGCACUGCCUGUUCUCAAACCUGAGAUUCCCCUUGUGAGACCUCUCUCUGGAGGAAUGAAGCCGGGAAUGGCUCUGUGUUUCCAAGGGGUUGUUCCUGUAGAUGCCAAAGAGUUUGCGGUAAAUCUCCAGACUGGUCCAUCUAAUGAAGAUGACAAAGCUCUCCACUUCAAGCCCUGCAUUGGUCAGAAAGUGACUCUGAACAGCUUCAGGAACGGGAAGUGGGAGAGUGAAGAAUCAGCUUCAGUCGAGCCGUUCACCAGUGGAGCUCCCUUCACCAUGUUUUUCGUUACCACGCCUCAGGGCUAUGAGGUUUAUGUAAAUGGAUUUCAGCACUGCCUGUUCAAGCACCGCGUACCACUGGAGAAAGUAACCACACUAAUCAUCCGUGGGGAUGUCUCUGUGAAUCUCCUUGGUACAAUUGAUAAUUGGCACACUUCUUCAUUCUUUCUGUGCAACUUCCAAUCAGAAAUGGUCCAGUCAGUUCUCAAACCUGUCAUGCCAUACACGAGUCCACUUUCUGGAGGGAUAAGCCCAGGAAUGGCUUUGUGUUUUCAAGGAACUGUUGCUUCAAAUGCCAAAGACUUUACAAUAAAUCUCCAGUCUGGGCCAUCUAAUAGUGAUGAUCGAGCCUUUCACUUUAACCCACGCAUGGGUCAGAGAGUGGCCAUGAACAGCUUCAGGAAGGGGAAGUGGGAGAGUGAGGAAUCCGCUUCAGUCGGGCCGUUCACCAAGGGAGCAGCCUUCACUGUGUUUUUCGUGGUCACAACUCAGGGCUAUGAGGUGUAUGUAAAUGGAUUGCGACACUGCAUGUUCAAGCACCGCUUUCCACUGGAGAAGAUAGACACACUUGUGGUCUUUGGGGAUGUCUCUCUGAAUAUCUUUGGUUUGAUUAAAAAUUGGGAAACUUCUUCAGAUUUCCUGUCCAGCUCCCAAACAGAAAUCACCCAGCAAGUUCUCAAACCUGCAAUUCCCUGUGUGAGACCAAUCACUGAUGGGCUCAAGCCGGGAAUGGCUCUGUGUUUCCAAGGAGUUGUUCCUGAAAAUGCCAAAGAAUUUGCGGUAAAUCUCCAGACUGGUCCAUCUAAUGAAGAUGACAAAGCUCUCCACUUCAAGCCCUGCAUUGGUCAGAAAGUGACUCUGAACAGCUUCAGGAACGGGAAGUGGGAGAGUGAGGAAUCAGCUUCAGUCGAGCCGUUCACCAGUGGAGCUCCCUUCACCAUGUUUUUCGUUACCACGCCUCAGGGCUAUGAGGUGAUUGUAAAUGGAUUGCAGCACUGCAUGUUUAAGCACCGCGUUCCACUGGAGAAAGUAUCUGCACUUACGAUCCGUGGAGAUGUUUCUAUGAACAUGCUUGGUUUGAUUAAAAAUUGGAAAACCUCUUCAGUUUUCCUUUCCAGAUUCCAGUCAGAAAUGGUCCAGCCAGUUCUAAAACCUGCAAUUCCCUGUGUGAGACCAAUCACUGAUGGGCUCAAGCCGGGAAUGGCUCUGUGUUUCCAAGGAGUUGUUCCUGAAAAUGCUAAAGAGUUUGAGGUAAAUCUCCAGACUGGUCCAUCUAAUGAUCAGGACAAAGCUCUCCACUUCAAGCCCUGCAUUGGUCAGAAAGUGACUCUGAGCAGCUUCAGGAACGGGAAGUGGGAGAGUGAGGAAUCAGCUUCAGUCGAGCCGUUCACCAGUGGAGCUCCCUUCACCAUGUUUUUCGUUACCACGCCUCAGGGCUAUGAGGUUUAUGUAAACGGAUUUCAGCACUGCAUGUUUAAGCACCGCAUCCCACUGGAGAAAAUAAACUCACUAAUAAUCCGUGGUGAUGUCUCUGCCAACAUGAUUGGUAUGAUUAAAAAUUGGCACACUUCCUCAUUCUCUCUGAGCAACUUCCAAUCAGAAAUGAUCCAGCCAGUUCUCAAACCUGCAAUUCCCUGUGUGAGACCAAUCACUGAUGCACUCAAGCCGGGAAUGGCUCUGUGUUUCCAAGGAGUUGUUCCUGAAAAUGCUAAAGAGUUUGAGGUAAAUCUCCAGACUGGUCCAUCUAAUGAAGAUGACAACGCUCUCCACUUCAAGCCCUGCAUUGGUCAGAAAGUGACUCUGAACAGCUUCAGGAACGGGAAGUGGGAGAGUGAGGAAUCAGCUUCAGUCGGGCCGUUCACCAGUGGAGCUCCCUUCACCAUGUUUUUCGUUACCACGCCUCAGGGCUAUGAGGUGAUUGUAAAUGGAUUGCAGCACUGCAUGUUUAAGCACCGCGUUCCACUGGAGAAAGUAUCUGCACUUACGAUCCGUGGAGAUGUUUCUAUGAACAUGCUUGGUUUGAUUAAAAAUUGGAAAACCUCUUCAGUUUUCCUUUCCAGAUUCCAGUCAGAAAUGGUCCAGCCAGUUCUAAAACCUGCAAUUCCCUGUGUGAGACCAAUCACUGAUGGGCUCAAGCCGGGAAUGGCUCUGUGUUUCCAAGGAGUUGUUCCUGAAAAUGCUAAAGAGUUUGAGGUAAAUCUCCAGACUGGUCCAUCUAAUGAUCAGGACAAAGCUCUCCACUUCAAGCCCUGCAUUGGUCAGAAAGUGACUCUGAACAGCUUCAGGAACGGGAAGUGGGAGAGUGAGGAAUCAGCUUCAGUCGAGCCGUUCACCAGUGGAGCUCCCUUCACCAUGUUUUUCGUUACCACGCCUCAGGGCUAUGAGGUUUAUGUAAACGGAUUUCAGCACUGCAUGUUUAAGCACCGCAUCCCACUGGAGAAAAUAAACUCACUAAUAAUCCGUGGUGAUGUCUCUGCCAACAUGAUUGGUAUGAUUAAAAAUUGGCACACUUCUUCAUUCUCUCUGAGCAACUUCCAAUCAGAAAUGAUCCAGCCAGUUCUCAAACCUGCAAUUCCCUGUGUGAGACCAAUCACUGAUGGACUCAAGCCGGGAAUGGCUCUGUGUUUCCAAGGAGUUGUUCCUGAAAAUGCUAAAGAAUUUGCGGUAAAUCUCCAGACUGGUCCAUCUAAUGAAGAUGACAAAGCUCUCCACUUCAAGCCCUGCAUUGGUCAGAAAGUGACUCUGAGCAGCUUCAGGAACGGGAAGUGGGAGAGUGAGGAAUCAGCUUCAGUCGGGCCGUUCACCAGUGGAGCUCCCUUCACCAUGUUUUUCGUUACCACGCCUCAGGGCUAUGAGGUGAUUGUAAAUGGAUUGCAGCACUGCAUGUUUAAGCACCGCGUUCCACUGGAGAAAGUAUCUGCACUUACGAUCCGUGGAGAUGUUUCUAUGAACAUGCUUGGUUUGAUUAAAAAUUGGCACACUUCCUCAUUCUCUCUGAGCAACUUCCAAUCAGAAAUGGUUCAGCCACUUCUUAAACCGGCAAUUCCCUGUGUGAGACCAAUCACUGAUGGACUCAAGCCGGGAAUGGCUCUGUGUUUCCAAGGAGUUGUUCCUGAAAAUGCUAAAGAAUUUGCGGUAAAUCUCCAGACUGGUCCAUCUAAUGAAGAUGACAAAGCUCUCCACUUCAAGCCCUGCAUUGGUCAGAAAGUGACUCUGAACAGCUUCAGGAACGGGAAGUGGGAGAGUGAGGAAUCAGCUUCAGUCGAGCCGUUCACCAGUGGAGCUCCCUUCACCAUGUUUUUCGUUACCACGCCUCAGGGCUAUGAGGUGAUUGUAAAUGGAUUGCAGCACUGCAUGUUUAAGCACCGCGUUCCACUGGAGAAAGUAUCUGCACUUACGAUCCGUGGAGAUGUUUCUAUGAACAUGCUUGGUUUGAUUAAAAAUUGGAAAACCUCUUCAGUUUUCCUUUCCAGAUUCCAGUCAGAAAUGGUCCAGCCAGUUCUAAAACCUGCAAUUCCCUGUGUGAGACCAAUCACUGAAGGGCUCAAGCCGGGAAUGGCUCUGUGUUUCCAAGGAGUUGUUCCUGAAAAUGCUAAAGAGUUUGAGGUAAAUCUCCAGACUGGUCCAUCUAAUGAUCAGGACAAAGCUCUCCACUUCAAGCCCUGCAUUGGUCAGAAAGUGACUCUGAGCAGCUUCAGGAACGGGAAGUGGGAGAGUGAGGAAUCAGCUUCAGUCGAGCCGUUCACCGGUGGAGCUCCCUUCACCAUGUUUUUCGUUACCACGCCUCAGGGCUAUGAGGUGAUUGUAAAUGGAUUGCAGCACUGCAUGUUUAAGCACCGCGUUCCACUGGAGAAAGUAUCUGCACUUACGAUCCGUGGAGAUGUUUCUAUGAACAUGCUUGGUUUGAUUAAAAAUUGGCACACUUCCUCAUUCUCUCUGAGCAACUUCCAAUCAGAAAUGGUUCAGCCACUUCUUAAACCGGCAAUUCCCUGUGUGAGACCAAUCACUGAUGGGCUCAAGCCGGGAAUGGCUCUGUGUUUCCAAGGAGUUGUUCCUGAAAAUGCUAAAGAGUUUGAGGUAAAUCUCCAGACUGGUCCAUCUAAUGAUCAGGACAAAGCUCUCCACUUCAAGCCCUGCAUUGGUCAGAAAGUGACUCUGAACAGCUUCAGGAACGGGAAGUGGGAGAGUGAGGAAUCAGCUUCAGUCGAGCCGUUCACCAGUGGAGCUCCCUUCACCAUGUUUUUCGCCAUCAAUACAGAGGGUUAUGAGGUCUUUGUGAAUGGAGUGAAACACUGCAUGUUUAAGCACCGCAUUCCUGUAGAGAAAGUCUCUACUCUUAACAUUGGUGGAGAUGUUUCCAUCAACAUGCUUGGUUAUAUUAAUAAAUGGAAAAGUUCUUCCUUCUUUACGAAACUGAACAUUUCAGGCGCGGGGAGCUCGACUUGUACUGUCAAGCCCAUUCAGAUAGAUGUGUCACAUCCUGUUAACAAUCCAGCAAUUCCCUAUGUGGGAACAAUUCCAGAAGGGAUAAAACCAGAUAUGGCUGUGUGCUUCCAGGGGACUGUUCCUGCAGAUUCUGACCAGUUUGCCAUAAACUUCAAGACUGGAUCAUCAGAUGGGGACGACGUCGCUCUCCACUUCAACCCACUCAUUGGUCAGAAAGUGACUCUGAACAGCUUCAGGAACGGGAAGUGGGAGAGUGAGGAAUCAGCUUCAGCCGAGCCGUUCACCAGGGGAGCUCCCUUCACCAUGUUUUUCGCCAUCAACACAGAGGGUUACGAGGUCUUUGUGAAUGGAGUGAAACACUGCAUGUUUAAACACCGCAUUCCUGUAGAGAAAGUCUCUACUCUUAACAUUGGUGGAGAUGUUUCCCUGAACAUGAUUGGGUAUAUUAAUAAAUGGAGCAGUUGUUCCUUCUUUAAGGAACUGCAGAAGAUUUCAGGACUGCAGAUCUCAUCCCAGAGCUCAAAACCCAUCCAGAUAGACGUGUCACAUCCAGUGGUUAACCCUGCAAUUCCCUAUGUGGGAACAAUUCCAGAAGGGAUAAAACCGGAUAUGGCUGUGUGCUUCCAGGGGACUGUUCCUGCAGAUUCUGAUCAAUUUGCCAUAAACUUCAAGACUGGAUCAUCAGAUGGGGACGACGUCGCUCUCCACUUCAAGCCCUGCAUUGGUCAGAAAGUGACUCUGAACAGCUUCAGGAACGGGAAGUGGGAGAGUGAGGAAUCAGCUUCAGCCGAGCCGUUCACCAAGGGAGCUCCCUUCACCAUGUUUUUCACCAUCAAUACAGAGGGUUACGAGGUCUUUGUGAAUGGACUGAAGCACUGCAUGUUUAAACACCGCAUUCCUGUAGAGAAAGUCUCUACUCUUAAUAUUGAUGGAGAUGUUUUCAUCAACAUGCUUGGUUACAUUAAUAAAUGGAGCAGUUGUUCCUUUAUCAAGAAACAGCAGAAGAUUUCAGGAAUGCAGAUGUCAUCCCAGACCACAAAACCUAUCCAGAUAGACGUGUCACAUCCAGUUGCCAACCCUGCAAUUCCCUAUGUGGGAACAAUUCCAGAAGGGAUAAAACCAGAUAUGGCUGUGUGCUUCCAGGGGACUGUUCCUGCAGAUUCUGAUCAGUUUGCCAUAAACUUCAAGACUGGAUCAUCAGAUGGGGACGACGUCGCUCUCCACUUCAACCCACUCAUUGGUCAGAAAGUGACUCUGAACAGCUUCAGGAACGGGAAGUGGGAGAGUGAGGAAUCAGCUUCAGCCGAGCCGUUCACCAAGGGAGCUCCCUUCACCAUGUUUUUCGCCAUCAAUACAGAGGGUUACGAGGUCUUUGUGAAUGGAGUGAAACACUGCAUGUUUAAACACCGCAUUCCUGUAGAGAAAGUCUCUACUCUUAAUAUUGAUGGAGAUGUUUCCCUGAAUAUGAUUGGUUAUAUUAAUAAAUGGAGCAGUUGUUCCUUUAUCAAGAAACAGCAGAAGAUUUCAGGAAUGCAGAUCUCAUCACAGAGCACAAAACCCAUCCAGAUAGACGUGUCGCAUCCAGUUGCCAAACCCGCAAUUCCCUAUGUGGGAACAAUUCCAGAAGGGAUAAAACCAGAUAUGGCUGUGUGCUUCCAGGGGACUGUUCCUGCAGAUUCUGAUCAAUUUGCCAUAAACUUCAAGACUGGAUCAUCAGAUGGGGACGACGUCGCUCUCCACUUCAACCCACUCAUUGGUCAGAAAGUGACUCUGAGCAGCUUCAGGAACGGGAAGUGGGAGAGUGAGGAAUCAGCUUCAGCCGAGCCGUUCACCAAGGGAGCUCCCUUCACCAUGUUUUUCGCCAUCAAUACAGAGGGUUACGAGGUAUUCGUGAAUGGACUGAAGCACUGCAUGUUUAAACACCGCAUUCCUGUAGAGAAAGUCUCUACUCUUAAUAUUGAUGGAGAUGUUUUCAUCAACAUGCUUGGUUACAUUAAUAAAUGGAGCAGUUGUUCCUUCUUUAAGGAACAGCAGAAGAUUUCAGGAAGGCAGAUCUCAUCACAGACCUCAACACCCAUCCAGAUAGACGUGUCACAUCCAGUUGCCAACCCUGCAAUUCCCUAUGUGGGAACAAUUCCAGAAGGGAUAAAACCAGAUAUGGCUGUGUGCUUCCAGGGGACUGUUCCUGCAGAUUCUGAUCAGUUUGCCAUAAACUUCAAGACUGGAUCAUCAGAUGGGGACGACGUCGCUCUCCACUUCAACCCACGCAUUGGUCAGAAAGUGACUCUGAACAGCUUCAGGAAUGGGAAGUGGGAGAGUGAGGAAUCAGCUUCAGCCGAGCCGUUCACCAAGGGAGCUCCCUUCACCAUGUUUUUCGCCAUCAAUACAGAGGGUUACGAGGUCUUUGUGAAUGGAGUGAAACACUGCAUGUUUAAACACCGCAUUCCUGUAGAGAAAGUCUCUACUCUUAACAUUGGUGGAGAUGUUUCCAUGAACAUGAUUGGUUAUAUUAAUAAAUGGAGUAGUUGUUCCUUUAUCAAGAAACAGCAGAAGAUUUCAGGAAUGCAGAUCUCAUCACAGAGCACAAAACCCAUCCAGAUAGACGUGUCGCAUCCAGUUGCCAACCCCGCAAUUCCCUAUGUGGGAACAAUUCCAGAAGGGAUAAAACCAGAUAUGGCUGUGUGCUUCCAGGGGACUGUUCCUGCAGAUUCUGAUCAGUUUGCCAUAAACUUCAAGACUGGAUCAUCAGAUGGGGACGACGUCGCUCUCCACUUCAAGCCACUCAUUGGUCAGAAAGUGACUCUGAACAGCUUCAGGAAUGGGAAGUGGGAGAGUGAGGAAUCAGCUUCAGCCGAGCCGUUCACCAGUGGAGCUCCCUUCACCAUGUUUUUCGCCAUCAACACAGAGGGUUACGAGGUCUUUGUGAAUGGAGUGAAACACUGCAUGUUUAAGCACCGCAUUCCUGUAGAGAAAGUCUCUACUCUUAACAUUCGUGGAGAUGUUUCCCUGAAUAUGAUUGGUUAUAUUAAUAAAUGGAGCAGUUGUUCCUUCUUUAAGGAACAGCAGAAGAUUUCAGGAAGGCAGAUCUCAUCACAGACCUCAAAACCCAUCCAGAUAGACGUGUCACAUCCAGUGGUUAACCCUGCAAUUCCCUAUGUGGGAACAAUUCCAGAAGGGAUAAAACCAGAUAUGGCUGUGUGCUUCCAGGGGACUGUUCCUGCAGAUUCUGACCAGUUUGCCAUAAACUUCAAGACUGGAUCAUCAGAUGGGGACGACGUCGCUCUCCACUUCAACCCACUCAUUGGUCAGAAAGUGACUCUGAGCAGCUUCAGGAACGGGAAGUGGGAGAGUGAGGAAUCAGCUUCAGCCGAGCCGUUCACCAAGGGAGCUCCCUUCACCAUGUUUUUCGCCAUCAACACAGAGGGUUACGAGGUCUUUGUGAAUGGAGUGAAACACUGCAUGUUUAAGCACCGCAUUCCUGUAGAGAAAGUCUCUACUCUUAACAUUGGUGGAGAUGUUUCCCUGAAUAUGAUUGGGUAUAUUAAUAAAUGGAGCAGUUGUUCCUUCUUUAAGGAACAGCAGAAGAUUUCAGGAAGGCAGAUCUCAUCCCAGACCUCAACACCCAUCCAGAUAGACGUGUCACAUCCAGUGGUUAACCCUGCAAUUCCCUAUGUGGGAACAAUUCCAGAAGGGAUAAAACCAGAUAUGGCUGUGUGCUUCCAGGGGACUGUUCCUGCAGAUUCUGAUCAGUUUGCCAUAAAUUUCAAGACUGGAUCAUCAGAUGGGGACGACGUCGCUCUCCACUUCAACCCACGCAUUGGUCAGAAAGUGACUCUGAACAGCUUCAGGAACGGGAAGUGGGAGAGUGAGGAAUCAGCUUCAGCCGAGCCGUUCACCAAGGGAGCUCCCUUCACCAUGUUUUUCACCAUCAAUACAGAGGGUUACGAGGUCUUUGUGAAUGGAGUGAAACACUGCAUGUUUAAACACCGCAUUCCUGUAGAGAAAGUCUCUACUCUUAACAUUGGUGGAGAUGUUUCCCUGAACAUGAUUGGUUAUAUUAAUAAAUGGAGCAGUUGUUCCUUCUUUAAGGAACUGCAGAAGAUUUCAGGACUGCAGAUCUCAUCCCAGAGCUCAACACCCAUCCAGAUAGACGUUUCACAUCCAGUGGUUAACCCUGCAAUUCCCUAUGUGGGAACAAUUCCAGAAGGGAUAAAACCAGAUAUGGCUGUGUGCUUCCAGGGGACUGUUCCUGCAGAUUCUGACCAGUUUGCCAUAAACUUCAAGACUGGAUCAUCAGAUGGGGACGACGUCGCUCUCCACUUCAAGCCCUGCAUUGGUCAGAAAGUGACUCUGAACAGCUUCAGGAAUGGGAAGUGGGAGAGUGAGGAAUCAGCUUCAGCCGAGCCGUUCACCAAGGGAGCUCCCUUCACCAUGUUUUUCACCAUCAACACAGAGGGUUACGAGGUCUUUGUGAAUGGAGUGAAACACUGCAUGUUUAAACACCGCAUUCCUGUAGAGAAAGUCUCUACUCUUAAUAUUGGUGGAGAUGUUUCCCUGAAUAUGAUUGGGUAUAUUAAUAAAUGGAGCAGUUGUUCCUUCUUUAAGGAACUGCAGAAGAUUUCAGGAAGGCAGAUCUCAUCCCAGACCUCAACACCCAUCCAGAUAGACGUGUCACAUCCAGUGGUUAACCCUGCAAUUCCCUAUGUGGGAACAAUUCCAGAAGGGAUAAAACCAGAUAUGGCUGUGUGCUUCCAGGGGACUGUUCCUGCAGAUUCUGAUCAGUUUGCCAUAAAUUUCAAGACUGGAUCAUCAGAUGGGGACGACGUCGCUCUCCACUUCAACCCACUCAUUGGUCAGAAAGUGACUCUGAGCAGCUGCAGGAACGGGAAGUGGGAGAGUGAGGAAUCAGCUUCAGCCGAGCCGUUCACCAAGGGAGCUCCCUUCACCAUGUUUUUCACCAUCAAUACAGAGGGUUACGAGGUAUUUGUGAAUGGAGUGAAACACUGCAUGUUUAAGCACCGCAUUCCUGUAGAGAAAGUCUCUACUCUUAACAUUGGUGGAGAUGUUUCCAUGAACAUGAUUGGUUAUAUUAAUAAAUGGAGCAGUUGUUCCUUCUUUAAGGAACAGCAGAAGAUUUCAGGACUGCAGAUCUCAUCCCAGAGCUCAACACCCAUCCAGAUAGACGUGUCACAUCCAGUGGUUAACCCUGCAAUUCCCUAUGUGGGAACAAUUCCAGAAGGGAUAAAACCAGAUAUGGCUGUGUGCUUCCAGGGGACUGUUCCUGCAGAUUCUGAUCAGUUUGCCAUAAAUUUCAAGACUGGAUCAUCAGAUGGGGACGACGUCGCUCUCCACUUCAACCCACGCAUUGGUCAGAAAGUGACUCUGAACAGCUUCAGGAACGGGAAGUGGGAGAGUGAGGAAUCAGCUUCAGCCGAGCCGUUCACCAGGGGAGCUCCCUUCACCAUGUUUUUCGCCAUCAACACAGAGGGUUACGAGGUCUUUGUGAAUGGAGUGAAACACUGCAUGUUUAAACACCGCAUUCCUGUAGAGAAAGUCUCUACUCUUAACAUUGAUGGAAAUGUUUCCCUGAACAUGAUUGGGUAUAUUAAUAAAUGGAGCAGUUGUUCCUUCGUUAUGGAACAGCAGAAGAUUUCAGGAGUGGAGAGCUCAUCUAGUAGCCUCAUAGAGUUAGAACUUUCACAUCCAGUUACCAACCCUGCAAUUCCCUAUGUGGGAACAAUUCCAGAAGGGAUAAAACCAGAUAUGGCUGUGUGCUUCCAGGGGACUGUUCCUGCAGAUUCUGACCAAUUUUCCAUAAACUUCAAGACUGGAUCAUCAGAUGGGGACGACGUCGCUCUCCACUUCAACCCACUCAUUGGUCAGAAAGUGACUCUGAGCAGCUGCAGGAACGGGAAAUGGGAGAGUGAGGAAUCAGCUUCAGCCGAGCCGUUUACUAAAGGAGCUCCCUUCACCAUGUUUGUGAUCAUCAGUGCAGAGGGUUAUGAGGUUAAUGUGAAUGGAAUGGAACUCUGCAAGUUCAAACAUCGCGUACCAUUAGAGAAAGUAUCAGUUCUUAACAUUGCUGGAGGUGUGACCAUUGACAUGGUCGGGUUUGUCAUGAACUGGAGCAAAGCAGCUGUCUUUGAGGAGUCUGAGAUGGUCGUCAUGUGAGAGCUGGUUAUAUGAGAGAACCCUUCACUAAGAUAUUGAACAUUAAUAUGAUUUUCUUCUUUACAUGCUUUUUUAGUGUUAUGCUCUAUUUUAUGAUUCCUAAAACACUCAGAACUUCAAAACAAGAGAGAGUUGAUGUGCAUGAUAUGUUUUUCUGACAAAAGGAAGAUUUACAAAACAGAUAGUUUCACCUGUAUACAGAGACAGGUGGCGUGCUUGCAGAAAUGGCUUCUUUCUCAUCACUCUCCCAUACAGCUUCUCCUUGUGUAAAGUGCGCUGUAUUGUUGACCGAUGCACAGUGACUCCAUCUGCAGCAAGAUGAUGCUGCAGCUCUUUGGAGGUGGUCUGUGGAUUGUCCUUGACUGUUCUCACCAUUCUUCUUCUCUGCCUUUCUGAUAUUUUUCUUGGCCUGCCACUUCUGGGCUUAACAAGAACUGUCCCUGUGCUCUUCCAUUUCCUUACUAUGUUCCUCACAGUGGAAACUGACAGGUUAAAUCUCUGAAACAACUUUUUGUAUCCUUCCCCUGAACAACUAUGUUGAACAAUCUUUGUUUUUAGAUCAUUUGAGAGUUGUUUUGAUGAGCCCAUGAUGCCACUCUUCAGAGGAGAUUCAAAUAGGAGAACAAAUUGCAACUGACCACCUUAAAUACCUUUUCUCAUGAUUGGAUACACCUGUCUAUGAAGUUCAAAGCUCAGUGAGGUUACCAAACCAAUUUAGUGCUUCAGUAAGUCAGUAAAAAGUAGUUAGGAGUAUUCAAAUCAAUAAAAUGAUAAGGGUGCACAUACUUUUGCACCGGUCAAAUUUUGGUUUAAUGCAUAUUGCACAUUUUCUGUUGGUACAAAAAACCUCAUUUCAAUCCUGAAAUAUUACUGUGUCCAUCAGUUAUUAGAUAUAUCAAACUGAAAGGGCUGUUGCAAACACCCAAAUAUUUACAACUAAAAAUGAUUAAGAUUAAUAGGGGUGCCCAAACUUUUUCAUAUGACAGUUCUUCACAUUGCAUGACUGGUUUACACUCUACUCCUUCACACGCUUUGUAUCUGGGAUUACUCUCCAGAGCUUUUUUUUGGCUUUACCUUUUGAAUCAAGUUGAAUCAUCAGUUUUAUUGCCUCUUGUCAAGGAGUCCCAGACUACACCAUUUUCAAUUGACUUUUCCCAGGUCUUUUGCGAUGUUCCUAAGCUAUAUCUAUUCACUAAUCAACGUUCUUUGGCAGGCACAUGAGAAACUUGAGCCUCGUUUAAUCUAGAAUGUUUCAGGAGUUCCUCUUCCUUGCCCCAAUUAAUUUACUUAUUUUGUUUUAAUUUAUUUCUAAAGCAAGACAUUUAAAAUUGUCAUGUACUUAAAUUGUGUAUUUGCUGAAAUGAGAUUGGCGACUAUCCAUAAGAAGUAUUUGUUAGCAAAGUAGGCUCAGUUGUGAACUAAAGAAGCUUGUCAGGUAUCAAACACUUUUAUGAAUUAAAUAUAUAAAAUACUAAUUAGAUUUAUGCCAAACUAAUUAUUUGACCAACUUCUUGCAAUUUACAUGAACUCUGUGGCUGCAGCUCUCUAUCAUGUCAUCUGUAUUUUAUUCUGUUCUAUAAGUAUAUACACUACAUGGCCAAGAAAAGGUCACAGGCACUAAUAUUUGAUUGGACGGUCUUAAGCUUUGAUUAAGGCAUGUAUUUGCUGUGGCACAAAAUAUAAUUUGAAUUAUUGCAUUAAUUUCUCUCUAAGAUCUUGUGUUAAUGAUUGGAGAUUUGGAGCACUGUUAAAAAGUCUUUUCCAGCAUACUAUCACUUCGCUCUCUUACCCUGAUGCUCCAUAACUCUGUACCAGGGUAAAUCUCGACUCAUCAGACCACAUGACUUUUUUCUAUUGAUCCAUAGUCCCAACUUUAUGCUCCCUAGCAAACUGAAGUGCUUUUCUUAAGGCUACACAGCUGCUUAGUUUCAAUCCCUAGAGAUCUUUUCAUAUUGUGUGUGUGGAAAAGCUCUUACUUUCACUAUUAAACAUAUCUCUGAGCUCUA